GGGACCCCAUUUCUGUGCUCAUCUGCCUCCUUGGGAAUAUAAAGAGCAAGCACUGAGGCCCCGCCUCAGAGCACCCCAAACUUGAUGCCAUGAAGAUCCCGGUCCUUCCUGCCGUGGUGCUUCUCUCCCUCCUGGUGCUCCAUUCUGCCCAGGGAGCCACCCUGGGUGGUCCUGAGGAAGAAAGCACCAUUGAGAAUUAUGCGUCACGACCCGAGGCCUUUAACACCCCGUUCCUGAACAUCGACAAGUUGCGAUCUGCUUUUAAGGCUGAUGAGUUCCUGAACUGGCAUGCCCUCUUUGAGUCUAUCAAAAGGAAACUUCCUUUCCUCAACUGGGAUGCCUUUCCUAAGCUGAAAGGACUGAGGAGCGCAACUCCUGAUGCCCAGUGACCAUGACCUCCACUGGGAGAGGGGGCGAGCGUGAGCGCUGAUUCUCAACCUACCAUAACCCUUUCCUGGCUCAGGAACUCCAAUAAAAUGUUUUCCAUCCAACA